AUGGUCCUCAAAAAUGCAAUACCAGGCCCCAAGCCUCUGAACCAGGAAAGAUGGAUUAAGAAUACCGUCCCCAUGACACAAUUCCUUCAAAAAUGCUGCUUUCUUGCUUUUGUACCAGGAAAGCAAAAGGUGGCUUCCAACAGAGAGAAUGUUGUGGUUAUUAAGGACAAAUUGUACAUGCUUUAUAUUAUUCCUUUCUUUCUAAAAGGUUCUGAGCAUAUUAGAGGCUGUUUGUGCCUUAGCAACUUUUCUAACACACAUUGCCCUCGAGGUGCUGAACAGUUAACAGAUGGAAACACUGAAAUGUUCUGCCCUCUAGAAACUGUGCAGGAGGUUAAGUGUAAGAGAUUAGUGGGGGGAGUGGCUCUUUAUUCCCAUUAA